CCUCAGCCGGAAAGAGGAUGGCGCUGUAGUUACAAUUUACAGCUGUUACUAGUGUAGCAGUUUGGUAGUCUGGAAGGCGAGGACGUUUGGUGAACGAGUUGCAGUAACUGGAAUCAUUCUGCAAUUAUUGUUGUAAGGGCUAACUCAUAUUACAGGGAUGUCUGUAUCUAUGUAGAAAGCAGGGCAAGAAAACAAGGAUGGCCGCGGACGUGGAUAAAACGAUUGCGGGAAAUAAGAAUGUUACGCCCCAGGAGAAAAAGCAUCUAAACAUGAUAUCUCCGAGCAGUGGAGAACUUGCGUCUGGCAAGAACAAGAGAAGAUCAUGGAUCACCGGGGCAAUCUCCUUAACAAUGUUGACGCUAAUUAUUGUCCCAGUCUUCGCCUAUUGUUACAAAUACUACCAGGACUCACAGCUUCUCAGACGUCAUAAAGAGGGUGUGAAGACUCUGGGCACCGAGGGGCUCUUCCUAUUCUCCUCGUUAGACACAGACCACGACCUGUUUCUCAGCCCGGAGGAGUUCAAGCCUAUAGCUGAGAAACUCACAGGGAUUGCACCUCCUGGUGAUUUUGAGGAGGAAGAGCUCGCUGACCCGAACGGUGAGAUCCUGGCCUUGGAAGCCAAGAUGGUGCCUCUGCUGAUGGACACAAUGACCAAGAGCAAGGAUGGCUUCCUCGGGGUUACACACAGUUCCCUGAUUGGUCUGCGGUCCUGGCGCAGUCCAGCUGUGCCCUCCUCCACCUUCUCUGCCACCCAUUUCAGGGCACUCCUGCCCCCCAAAGGCAAGGACCAGGUGGGCGACACCUGGUGGGUCAUUCCCAGUGAGCUUAACAUAUUUACAGGGUACCUACCCAACAACCGUUACCACCCCCCAGCACCACGAGGCAAAGAGGUGCUCAUCCACUCCCUGUUGAGCAUGUUCCACCCCAGACCCUUCAUCAAGUCCCGCUUCGCCCCGCAGGGGGCUGUGGCCUGCAUACAAGCCAGCAGUGACUUCUACUUCCACAUCGCCUUCAGGAUCCAUGCAGAGUUCCAGCUCAACGACGUCCCUGAUUUCCCCUUCUGGUUUACGCCUGGGCAGUUCACUGGCCACAUCAUCAUGUCCAGGGAUGCGUCACAUAUACGCGAUUUCCGCCUCUACGUGCCCAACAAUAGGUCUCUGAAUGUGGACAUGGAGUGGCUCUAUGGAGCCAGUGAGAGCAGUAAUAUGGAGGUGGACAUCGGCUACCUGCCACAGAUGGAGUUGCAGUCGUUCGGUCCCUCCACUCCCUCCUUCAUCCAGGAUGAGGAAGGAAAUGUUAUCGACAGGCGAGGACAGGAGGACGACCCCAUCCAGUUUGUCUUUGAGGACAUUCACUGGACGUCAGAGAUCAGCCAAGAGGAUGCCACUCGACGCAUAGAGGUCACAUUCUACCCUUUCAAAAAGGUGUCCUACCUGCCUUUCUCUGAAGCGUUUGAGAGGGCGCAGGCUGAGGAGAAGCUGGUGCACUCCAUUCUCCUGUGGGGGGCGCUAGACGACCAGUCCUGCUGAGGUUCGGGGCGGACUCUCCGGGAGACAGUCCUGGAAAGUUCGCCCGUCCUUGCUCUGCUCAACCAGAGCUUCGUCAGCAGCUGGUCUCUUGUGAAGGAGCUGGAGGACAUGCAGGCUGAUGAGCAGGACCCUGUGUUGAGUCAGAGGGCCCGCCUGCACCUAGAGAAGUACAACUUCCCUGUAGAGAUGAUGGUGGCACUUCCCAACGGCACCAUACUCCACCACAUUAAUGCCAAUUACUUCCUGGAUGAAACAUCCAUGAAGCCUGAAAAAGAAGGAGCCCCGUUCAGUUUCUCUGGGGGCUUUGAGGACCCGUCCACCUCCGCCUACAUCCACUUCCUCAAAGAAGGCCUGGAGAAAGCCAAGCAGUACCUGGCACACUAAAUAAUGUCUGUUUGUGUGUGUUAGGCUGAGAAAUAACUUAAGUUCUUUCAAAGGUGAUAAUGAUUUAAGAUCAUUAUAUCCUUCAGUAUAAGGAAUUGUUUCCUAAAGCCUUGGCAGCUGAUAAUGACUUUACUUUCUAAUACAAGUCCUUAACAUCAGACCAAUAUACAACUAUUCAAGCCCUUCUCGAAGACAUGGGUACUAAACACUAGUGUUAAAUGUUUGUCACAUGCCAUUAUAGUUAGGGCUAGCUAAUGCUUCUUAAUUGCCUUCUCGUGAAACUCAUUCCAAAAACAGACUACGCCAUAAUGCACAAUCAUAGUUCACCUUUCUCUUUUUAUACAUGGCUUAGUUAUGUGCAAUAUAUAAUACCGACCUACAGUUAUUGUAUGGUGUUGACUUCUGGUCACAGCCAGGGGUAUAGCAGGUCAGUGGUUCCCUUUUCUAAAGCCUCAGCAGUUUGUGAAGGCCUUGCCUGAAAGCCCUCGCUGGGCUGGGCCUGAUGUCAUGACUGGGCCUUUGAGGUAUCAAUACCCAUGCUAUGCCCCCAGAGGGUGCCAUGUGCUGAAUUAUAAACCAGGCUGGACUGUGGUACAUGUUACUCAUUUUUUUAAAUCUCACCUUUUUUCUCACUUUUUUUUGCAUUGACGUUUGUGGGCAAUACAACAUUGCCCAUUUCAUAUUAAGGAUGUGACUGACUGUUAGACGCCAAAUAUUUUCUUACAGUAGACAGGAACAUAUUUACUGGAAUUUUUUGUGUGGAUGUCUUGUAACAAAAAUUGAUUUGUUUCCUCUAAAAUAUCAGCAAUGUAGAAUAAUGCUCCUACGUAACCUUGUUUUUGUUAGGCCUUUUGGAUACUGAGGAAAACAAUCAAGUCAUCCCAGUUUAACAAAAAUUGAAAUAAAUUUGAUUUGCUAAAACAUGC